CCCCCCCCCCCCCCCCCCCCGACCAACCACUCUCGUCGUCCCUCCCCCACUCCAGACUCAUAAAUUCCCGGACCCCACGCGCAUCUCUCCUCACCCGCCGCGAAUCCACGAGGGGGAGCGACCCGCCGCCCGAUUAUGGAGUUCCUGCAGGGGCAGAGCACGGAGACCACGGUGGCCGUCGCGGUCGCCGUCGUCGCCGUGGCCGCCGGCGCCGGAUUCCUCCUCCUCCGCAGCAAGAAACCCAAGGGCUGCUUGGAUGCUGAGAACUUCAAAGAGUUUAAACUUGUGCAGAAGAGACAGAUCAGUCAUAACGUGGCCAAGUUCAAAUUUGCUCUCCCGACACCUACUUCAGUUUUGGGCCUUCCAAUUGGCCAACAUAUAAGCUGCAGAGGGCAGGAUGCUACUGGUGAGGAAGUAAUCAAGCCUUAUACUCCUACUACACUGGAUUCUGAUAUUGGAUACUUUGAGCUUGUUAUAAAGAUGUAUCCCCAAGGAAGAAUGUCUCAUCAUUUUCGUGAGAUGAAGGUUGGCGACUACAUGUCUGUGAAGGGGCCAAAGGGCCGUUUCAAGUACCAGCCUGGGCAAGUGAGAGCAUUUGGAAUGAUAGCUGGAGGAUCAGGCAUUACGCCAAUGUUCCAAGUCACAAGGGCAAUUCUUGAGAACCCAAACGACAAUACAAAAGUUCACUUGAUCUACGCUAAUGUCACAUAUGACGACAUUCUUCUGCUGGAAGAACUGGACAAUAUGGCUAAAAACUAUCCUGAUCGCUUCAAGAUCUACUAUGUCUUGAAUCAGCCACCUGAAGUCUGGGAUGGUGGUGUUGGGUUUGUAUCAAAGGAAAUGAUCCAAGCUCACUGCCCAGCGCCUGCUGCGGACAUUCAGGUAUUGAGAUGCGGACCUCCUCCGAUGAACAAAGCCAUGUCUGCAAACCUAGAUGACCUUGGGUACACCAAGGAGAUGCAGUUCCAGUUCUAGGUUUCGACGGUGGAAGCUUACCAAAAUAACGGGUCGCAUGACCAUUCUUAGUAUUUUUGAGUUUGACAUGGGCUGAUUCUGAUGCCAUUUAGCUCGUGUAGACACCUUCCACAGUCCAUGAAGUGGCAGUUACCGUAAUGCUGCACGUUGAUGCGUGUCCAGUGUUACCUGUGUCCGUAACGUUAUUUGCCGAGUAUAGGAGACAACAGCUUAUCAGAAUGCCAGAAAUAAGCUUUUUUACAUGAAAA